CGGUUGGCAUGAAAUGGAGGACAUUCAAGAGCUACCUUACAAGGACUUAUAUAAUUCCAUUCAAAGACCAGCCUGAGCUAUUAAAGCACCCCCCUCCAAAAUAUAGCUUUAUUGAUCAAGAAGAUUGGGAUUUAUUCGUCCAGUCAAGAUUGACUGAACAAUUUCAAAAUUUUAGCAACUCUCAAAUUGAGAGACGGUCUAAGCAUAAACUUGUUCACCGAUUAAGCAGAAAGGGUUAUGUUGGUCUUGCUGACGAAAUGAAAAAGAAUGGGCAUAUUUCUUCCAUUGAGGAAGUAGAUAGGAGUUUGUUAUGGAAGAUGGCUAGACAAAAUAACAAAGGAGAGUAUGUAAAUGAGGCUGUUAAGGAAAAGGCAGAAAAAAUUGACGAGUUGAAGAAGCAAGUUGAAGAGGGUUCUUUGGUUGGUGAAGGAAAUUUUGAUAUUCUCACCAUGGCACUAGGGACUGAAGAGCAUCCAGGUCGGGUUAGGGGACUCGGACAUUUUGUCACUGAAUCGACUGAUCUCAAUGUCUCUAAACCAAUCAAUUCAAAAGAACAAUUGAGAAUUAUGAAAUCACAGCUGCAAGAAGAAAAAGAUAGAAGAGAAAAGGCUGAGGAGGAAUUAAAUGAAGAAAGAAGAAAAAGAGAAGAAUUGGAGGUGGAGCUGAGGAGUACACAGAGUAAACUAGAAAGGACGAUUGAAAAACUUGAAACUAUGGAUUCAACAGUGCAAUGGUUGCGAUCACAAUUUGAAUCGUUUAUUCAGCCGAGCCAGGACAAGUCCAAUGGUUCAAAUUGAGGGAGCCCAAACUCAGGGAACCAGAGCUUUUGGUUAGGAUCUCUGAGAAAACAAGAAAAGUGAUUAAACCUCUUAAUUGGUUUGGUAUGGAAGUUUCUGUUCUGAGACAUGCCUUUCUCUUUUGGAUGUAUAUAUAGUGCUUACCUUUGGGAACUCUUUUAAGUUCAGUCCGGAUUCUUUUGAAUCCAGUUUCCAAAGAAUCACUGUGGUUUCUUUUGGCUUUCUAUAUUUUGUUCUAGUUUCUUGAUCGAUUCACUAGGUUUUUCUUGAA